GUGUUCAUACCUCUCUAUGCCUCACACCUGCUAUAAACUACCCUAGCAGAAACACAUACAGACAGACACACAUUAUAUACACACACCUAUUUAUUUAUUCUACACAGACAGACAGCCAUAUAGAAAAAUGUCUUCAGAUAUGGAUGGGACCAUGCUCCUGGGGGUGGAAGGCAUUAAGAAAACCAUCCUGUAUGGAGGGACAGCUGAGAUGCCCCGGUUCAUUACUGGGACCAAGGUGACCUUCCAUUUCCGUACCCAGCUGUGUGAUGAUGAUCGUACGGUGAUAGACGACAGUAAGGUGACUGGUGUGCCAAUGGAGGUGGUGAUCGGGAACAUGUUCAAGCUGGAGAUCUGGGAGACCCUGCUCACCUCCAUGAGGAUCGGAGAGGUGGCCGAGUUCUGGUGCGAUGUCACCCACACUGGCCUCUACCCCCUGGUGGCCAAGAGCUUGCGGCGCAUCGCGGAGGGCAAGGACCCUGUGGACUGGCACAUCCAUUCGUGUGGCAUGGCCAACAUGUUUGCCUACCACACCCUGGGCUAUGAUGACCUGGACCAGCUACAGAAGGAGCCUCAGCCUCUCUACUUUGUACUGGAACUGGUCAAGGUGCAGCAGCCCAGUGAGUAUGACAGGGAGUCGUGGGCUCUGAAUGAUGAGGAGAGACUGAAAGCUGUGCCCUUGCUCCACGGCCAGGGGAACAAGCUCUACAAACUGGGGCGCUACCAGGACGCCACCAACAAAUACAAAGAGGCCAUAGUCUGCGUCAAGAACAUACAGCACAAGGAGAAAGCAUGGGAAGCCCCCUGGCUGAAGCUAGAGAAGAUGGGGAACAUGCUGACUCUCAACUACUGCCAGUGUCUGCUCCGUAUGGAGGAGUACUAUGAGGUCAUAGAGCAUACCAGUGACAUCAUCAAUCAGCACCCAGGUGAAAUGAAGGCGUUCUACGUGCGAGGGAAGGCCCACAUUGAGGUGUGGAACGAAGCUGAGGCGCGGGCUGACUUUGAGAGGGUUCUAGAUCUGGACCCUGGCAUGAAGAAGGCUGUUAAGAAAGACCUGGGUGUCCUCAACAUGAGGAUGGAGGAGAAGAAUGAGGAGGAUAAAGUCAAGUACAAGGGCAUGUUCUGACAUGGCCCAGGAGAUAUGCAGAUAUGGAGGGGGAGGGUCAAUGUCAAAGUUAAAGUGGACAGCACAGAUGGUGCUUGUGGAGGAAGAGAGGAGAGAUGGGCAAAGCAGGAGUGAGAGAGAGAGGGGUGAGAGAGAGAGAGAGAGAGAGAGAGAGAGAGAGAAAAAAAAUGUAUCCUAGAUCAUUGUUACUUAUUUAUCUAUGUUUUUCCUGGAACAUUGUUUGGUGGUCAAUCCAUUUGGGUAGAACAUGUAUCCAUUAUGUCUGACUUGAAUGGUUGAAGCCCAACAAGUACUGCAUCUAGUCAUAAAAUGCAAAUAAAUAUUGGUGUAGAUUAUGUACUCAUCAGAUAUUGAACGAAUAUGUUAUUUUGUUCCUUCCUCUAAUCCAUGGCACGCUACAUGACCAAAAGUAUGUGGACAACUGCUCCUCGAACAUCUCAUUCCAAAAUCAUGGGCAUUAAUAUGGAGUUGGUGCCCCCUUUGCUGCUAUAACAGCCUCCACUCUUCUGGGAAGGCUUUGCACUAGAUGCUGGAACAUUGCUGCAGGGACUUGCUUCCAUUCAGCCACAAGAGUAUGAGGUUGGGCACUGAUGUCGGGGAUUAGGCCUGGCUCACAGUCGGCGUUCCUAUUCAUCCCAAAGGUGUCGAUGGGGCUGAGUUCAGGGCUCUGUGCAGGCCAGUCAAGUUAUUUCACACCGAUCUUGACAAACCAUUUCUGUAUGGACCUCACGUUGUGCAUGGGGGCAUUGUCAUUCUGAAUACUGAAACAGGAAAGGGCCUUGCCCAAACUGUUACAACAAAGUUGGAAGCAGAGAACCGUCUAGAAUGUCAUUGUAUGCUGUAGUGUUAAGAUUUCCCUUCACUGGAACUAAGGGGCCUAGCCCGAACGAUGAAAAACAGCUCCAGACCAUUAUUCUUCUUCCACCAGACUUUACAUUUGGGCAGAUAGUGUUCUGCUGGCAUCCGCCAAACCCAGAUUCGUCCGUCGGACUGCCAGAUGGUGAAGCGUGAUUCAUCACUCCAGAGAAAGCGUUUCCACUGCUCCAGAGUCCAAUGGCAGCGAGCUUUACACCACUCCAGCCGACGCUUGGCAUUGCACAUGGUGAUCUUAGGCUUGUGUGCGACUGCCUGGCCAUGUAAACCCAUUUCAUGAAGCUCCCAAAGAACAGUUAUUGUGCUGACAUUGCUUCCAGAGGCAGUUUGGAACUUGGUAGUGAGUGUUGCAACUGAGGACAGACAAUUUAUACGCGCUACGCUCUUCAGCACUUGGCGGUCCCAUUCUGUGAGCUUGUGUGGCCUACCACUUAGCGACUGAGCCGUUGUUUCUCUUAGACGUUUCCACUUCACAAUAACAGUAUUUAUAGUUGACCGGGGAAGCUCUAGCAGGGUAGAAACUUGACGAACUGACUUGUUGGAAAGGUGGAAUCCUAUGACUGUGCCACGUUGAAAGUCUGAGCUCUUCGUUAAAGCCAUUCUACUGCCAAUGUUUGUCUAUGGAAAAUGCAUGGCGGUGUGCUCGAUUUUAUACACCUGUCAGCAAUGGGUGUAGCUGAAAUAGCUGAAUCCACUAAUGAAGGGGUGUCCACAUAUUUCUGUUCAUAUAGUGUAUCUAUAUUGUUUUAAAGGGAUUUUCACACACUGACAAAAAAUGUAUACCGUCAAUAAACUUAGCCAAUUCUCUGUA